UCAGGAGGUCUGGAACAUCUUAGAUGGUCUUGGCCUCUCUUUCAUACGUAAUUAUAGAUCUGUUACAUACGGUCUUCUCGAAGAAAUCAUGCCCACAAAGAAAAAAGAACUGUUUCAACUUGUCAUCAGCAUCGUUUGCCAAAAACUUUGGAAAACUAGAUGCGUCGCAAGUAUUCACCAGACUGUCAUAGACAGCGACAUGGUCGUGAAACAGAUUCUGACCGAACUCCGCAGGAGGAGAACGUUGGACAAGACGCAGUCUCUCCCCUGGAGCUCACUGGAUUUAUGAGGGAUAGAGCCCCCCCCCGAGCAGCGACACUGAGCACUUUAGCUCCUGGCACCUUCUAUUGUUGGCUGUGCCAUGACAGAGGCUACCUGGUGACACAAGACGAGUUGGACCAGACACUGGAUGAGUUCAAGAGUCAGUUUGGAGACAAGCCCAGUGAGGGUCGCCCCAGACGCACAGACCUCACUGUGCUGGUGGCCCACAACGAUGACCCCACAGACCAGAUGUUUCUUUCCUGGGAACUGCAGAGAGCAGUGUGCACGAAGACCUAAAAAUGCGCAGUAUGAGGAUCUAUGCUUGCCAUGAACCAGAUGCAGUGGGCAUCAUCAGGGAAUGCCAUUGUUUACAGAUCUUGACAAUCUGGCCAGAGCAUACUGCCUUGUCCUGAGUGUGACAUACGCCCUGCUUCUCCAGUAUUCAUCUCACAAAAGACUUUUGUCAGACUCAUUUCACUGCGCCCAAAACCACCCUCAAAAACAAGAUUCUUGCAUUGACAGUCAAACAUGAUUGUUGGCCUUGCACUGACGACAGACUUAAGUUUUGUUUGUUUCUGUUCAAUAAUGUUAAACUUUUUUCUGGGCCUUCUGCAGGCCUUUCAAGGACUGUUUGUGGGACUCUGCAUUUGAUCCACAACUAACCUCCAUGGUCAUUAGCUUCCAAAACAAGUUUCAAGCUUGGGCAAUGAAACAUGGCAGUCACCCUGGCAGUCACAUACAGAUAUGUUUUCUGUUAUGAUAAAGUGUUUUAAUACUAGCUAAAAGACACUGUGAAGAUAUUGCAUCAAGCUGCAGUUUGUAAGCUGUGGCCACAAGUUGUAGUAGGUAAAAUGUUUUAGUAAGUUUUAAAUAGAAAAUGUGACAAUAUUAAACCAUAACUCUAGCACAAUGUAAGAAAAACACCUACAGUUGUGGUCUUCUAGCUAGCCUUCUAGCACAGCUUUUAUUCUGUUGCCAGUGAUGUCGCAUGAUGCAGACUGUUAGCGGUAAUGUUUGAAAUAUUAAAAUUUGUCCCUUCAAGAUUACUGUUUAUACACAGAAAAGUAGCUGUACUUUGAAGGUCUUCUAAUAUACACUCUUUUACAAGCUGUGGUCAGACGAUUGUGUCAUUUAUUUUGCAUGACUGCAUUUAAUGGCUGUUUUAAUAAACGUUGGAAUCCAA